AUGUCAGCUUCAUCCCCAAACGAUUUUCUGCCUCCACUUGUUCCAAUGAAUCAUCAAGAAUUUACGUCCAUUCAUAGAGGUCCAACAGACGAGUCCAAUUGGUUAAUUCCUCAACGUGUUCUCAUGUCUGCCUAUCCAGGUGAUCUAAAACAAGAACUCGCUCAACAAAAAAUUGAAAAAUUAAUUCAAAGUGGAAUUAAUUGUUUUGUGUGUUUACAAACCGAAGAAGAAUUAAAAAGAUUUCAACCCUAUCGUCCCAUGAUUGAAAAACAUGUAAAUGAAAAUUGUAAUAUUUCAUCAAGUGACGACGCACAGAGUAUUGAAUUUUUACAAUUUCCAAUUCAGGACACUUUAAUUGCAUCCGAUUCUGCAGUCACGAAAUUUAUUCAACAAGAUCUUAUUCCAAGAAUAGUUUCAAAUCAUAAUUGUAAAAUUUUGAUUCAUUGUUGGGGAGGUCAUGGUCGUACUGGAACUAUAGCAGCAAUAUUACUAAGUCAUUUAUAUGAAUUAAAUGCUGAUGAAUGUUUACAACGAGUUGCUCAAUGCCACAAGUGUAGAAUGAGAGCAAGAGGAAGAGCUCCAACCACAGAUAUUCAAUUUAAACAAGUAAGGAGACUGUGCGUUGGUUCAAAGGAGCAAGACGAGGAUGAUAUGGCUUAG